CGUGUGUACGCUACAAAGGCCGGGCUGCGGUGAAAGCUUUGUGGAUGUCUGGUGACGUAUCCGCCGCUCCGUCUGUCCUGGAGGUUGUCAGCUUCGUCGGGAAAACAGUUGGCGCAGGCGCGGCACUGACAGCUGGUGUCUACUUACUCCGCAAAGUCUGUUUAAUAAUGGCCUGGAAAUCUGGAGGAGCUAGCCACGCAGAGCUCGUCAACAACCUCCGCAAAAAUGGGAUAAUUAAGUCUGAUAAGGUCUAUGAAGUCAUGCUGGCCACAGACCGAGCACAUUUUUCUAGGUGUAAUCCUUACAUGGACUCGCCGCAGUCAAUAGGCUAUCAAGCAACGAUCAGCGCCCCGCACAUGCAUGCCUACGCCCUGGAGCUUCUACAUGACCAGCUGUAUGAGGGAGCCAAGGCUCUGGAUGUGGGCUCAGGCAGUGGAAUCCUAUCUGUUUGCUUUGCACGAAUGGUAGGUCCCAAAGGGAAAGUGAUAGGAAUUGAUCACAUCAAAGAGCUGGUAGAUGACUCGAUAAACAAUGUGAAGAAAGAUGACCCCAGUUUGAUAACAUCAGGCCGAGUGAAGCUAAUAGUGGGAGAUGGGCGAAUGGGCCAUGAGGAAGAGGCACCGUAUGAUGCCAUUCAUGUUGGCGCAGCAGCACCCACCGUCCCCCAAGCCCUCCUGGAUCAGUUGAAGCCAGGUGGCCGGCUGAUCCUGCCUGUGGGUCCGGCAGGAGGGAACCAGAUGCUGGAGCAGUACGACAAGAUGGAGGACGGCAGCACCAAAAUGAAGCCCUUGAUGGGGGUGAUUUAUGUGCCUUUAACAGACAAAGACAAGCAGUGUUCCAGGGAUGAACUUUGAAGAGGACAACGAUCAAUAUUCCACAUUUCAGUUCAAACCUGGAGAAUAAUGGGACGGGCUGUUCCAACAACCCAUGACAUUUUUUUUUCAAAGCUUAACAAAACAUGAUAUAUUUGGGCUUUUUUUUAAAAAAGUUUUUUUUUCUCUUUUUUAUUUUAUUUUAUUUUAUUUUUUAACUCUAACAGUGGAUUAGAGUACUGUGAUGAUGACAUGGACCUGAGGGGCUUGGAAAAAAAGACUGCUUGUAGUUGAGCACAGAUGUGAUGAGAGGGGAGGGUUGAUUUUUUUUUUUUUUUUUUUUUUUUUUUCCUUCAGGCCUGCAUCUUUGGUUAUAUAUUGUUUUUAAUUGCUGGAUUUUUUUUUUUUUUUUUUUUUUUGUGGUUACAUCAGUUGAAUUGCAAUCAACCAUCUCUACAGUAUUACAUUUCAGCAACAUCAACGCUGAAUGUAGGGACAAGGCCGGACAAUGAUAAGGAAAGCCUGCGCCUUUUAGAUAAUUCACCUAGCUACAGUUUGUGUGUGUGGAUCAUCUAACGGUAGACCUCUCUGCUAACGUACAACCUCUUACCCCCCGCCAACAGUAUUUAGGUACACACAAAUAUAGGAAACACAAUGGCUGAUGUAACCCACACGUCCUGUUUGAUGUGCAGCAGUUUGCAGGCCAUACUACACAUAGAAUAAGCAAUGCAUUGGAACAUACUGGCAAAUGCCUCAGUACACCCCAUGGAGAGCAGAGCACUAAUAACACAGAUACAUGUGCACAUACAAGGCUGUGCUUUCCACCUGGUGAUGUGUUGCUUUCUGCCGCUGGUUUUCCAUUAACAUGUUGUGCAGGCUCCUAUGGUGACUGGAUACAAAAUGAGAUAGUCACUGCUUUGCCAAAAUAAACAACAAUAUAAAGCGAAUGAAUGUCUGAUGUUUUCUUAAAACAAAACAAACAAACAAACAAAAAAAAAACAUGGAAUCAAAGAGCACAUUUUAUUUUGGGUUAUCCAUGUGUUGGAUGAUCUUUGGCUUUCACAGUUUCUGGAAUGGCAUAUGAAAAUAAAGAGAUGCUUAUGUUUU